UUGACCCUUCCAUUUCUCUUCUUUAAUUACAGCUGUGCAGUCUCGUUUCCUCCAGGAGCCUGCCGACCAGACGGUGGUGGCGGGGCAAAAAGUGGUUUUGACGUGCGUGGUGCUGAACUACUCCGGGAUCGUGCAAUGGACAAAAGACGGCCUAGCCCUGGGACUGGGGAACCUAAAGAUCUGGCCUCGCUAUCAAGUGGUGGGAAACGUGGAUUCUGGCCAGUACAACCUGGAGAUCACCAACGCCAGCAUCUACGAUGACGCUAACUUCGAGUGCCAAGCCACAGAGGCCGCCCUACGGUCCAAGGGAGCCAAGCUGACCGUGCUGAUUCCCCCGGAGGAUCCCGUCAUAGAAUCGGGCUCGGACACCCUCCUCCUGAGAGCCGGGAUCCCCUACAACUUGACCUGCCGAGCCGAAAAAGCCAAGCCAGCGGCCAGCAUCGAGUGGCUCCGGGAUGGAGCCCUGCAGGAAGGAUCCGUCACCACCACGAUGGUGUUGGUGGAUGGAAAACUUGAAACCACCGUGAGCUACCUGUUGAUAGUCCCUACGGACCAAGACAUUGGCCGGAUGUUCACGUGCAGGACUUCGAACUACGCUAUUCCGACCGGCAAGGAGACCACGGUCAAGCUGGACGUGCAUCAUCCACCAACGGUCACCCUAUCUAUCCAACCGCAAACCGUGCUGGAGGGCGAAAGGGUCCGCUUUUCCUGUAUGGCCACUGCCAAUCCAACCAUCAAAGGAUACAGGUGGGCCAAGGGAGGCGUGAUCAUCGAGGGAGCCAAGGAGAGCACAUACGAGGCGCAGGUGGAUUACACCUUCUUCACGGAGCCCGUCUCCUGCGAAGUACACAACGAAGUCGGGAGCACCAAUGUCAGCACCUUGGUGGAUGUCCAGUUCGCCCCGCGUAUUGUGGUCGAGCCCAAGCCUACCGUGACGGAUAUCGGCUCCGACGCCACGCUGACCUGUUUUUGGACCGGAAACCCUCCUCUGACCUUGACGUGGUCCAAGAAAGGAACGGAUGGGGUGUUAAGUAACAGCAACCAGCUCUUUCUGAAGUCUGUACGUCAGGAGGACGCCGGGCAGUAUAUAUGCAAGGCCAUCGUCCCGCGUAUCGGCGUGGGGGAGAGGGAGGUGACGCUCAUCGUCAACGGUCCCCCGAUGAUCACCAGCGAGGGGUUGCAGUACGCUGUGCGCGGCGGAGUCGGAAAAGUCGAAUGUUUCAUCGGAAGCACACCGCCUCCAGACCGCAUUGCCUGGGCAUGGCUGGAGCGGACCAUGGAAAAGGGAACGGUGGACAGGUAUACUGUAGAAAGGACCAAAACAGAAAACGGCGUGCGCUCCACCCUGACCAUCAAUAACGUCAUGGAGUCGGACUUUCAGACGACAUACAACUGCACAGCAUGGAACAGCUUUGGUUCAGAAACUGCCAAUAUUAAACUAGUAGAGAAAGAAGUUGUCCCGGUGGGAAUCAUUGCCGGAGCGACCAUCGGGUCAGGCAUCCUGGUCAUCAUAUUCUUUGUCUUCUUCAUUUUCUUCCUGUACAGACGUCGUAAAGGCAGUCGUAAGGAUGUGACACUGAGAAAACUGGACAUCAAGGUGGAGACCGUAAAUCGGGAACCUUUAACCAUGCACCCAGACAGAGAGGAGGACACAUCAAGCGUUUCCACCGCAACAAGGGUCAUGAAGGCUAUCUAUUCAUCUUUUAAGGAUGACGUGGACCUCAAACAAGACCUACGUUGUGACACCAUUGACCGAGAGGAGUACGAGCUCAAGGAUCCAACCAAUGGAUAUUACAAUGUCCGAGCUCAUGACGACAGGCCGACAUCCCGAUCUGUGUUGUACGCAGAGUACCGUAAUCCUGGACCGGCGCGAUUCGAUGCUCGUCCUUCGUCUCGUCUUUCUCACUCCAGUGGCUAUGCCCAGCUGAACACCUAUAGCCGGGCUCCUACUUCAGAUUAUAGUACAGACCCUACUCCCACUGUUACCUCUGCUACUACAGACACCACCAGUCAACUUUCCUACGAGAACUAUGAAAAGUUCGGGACACAUGCUUUCUCAACUAACACUGGAUACCCCACAUACAGGCUCGGUUACAUGCAGCCAACCACAACAGGUAUGGAUCGAGGACCUUAUGAUACUUUUGACCCAGUGGGGAAGUUCACAGGAGCCACCCGUUUCUCCUACACAUCCCAGCAUUCUGACUAUGGACAGAGGUUUCAACAAAGGAUGCAGACACAUGUCUGA